AUGUCUGUGACCUACACCUACCAAAGGUCUACUACUACAGAAGCAAUAUUGACUAUUUCGUUCCAGAAAGAACUCAUCCCCUCGCUUGAAAGUUAUGGACCCUAUGUCCCCGGUAAAAUAGGGAACGAUUUCCGGGAUGUACAGAAAUGGAAGAUGUUCGCGGUUGAGAUAGUGAAAUCUUGCCGUGAGAAUGGGACUGAUACGCCGUUUCUCAGCAAAGUACUAAACAGCCAAGAUGGGUUUCUUGGUCGCGCUCUCACUGACUCCGAACUUGCAGAGGAAUGCAUGGGCGGAAUGUUUGGAGGAAGCGGAACAACAGCCACGACCUUUAUCUAUCUACUAUGGGCUGUCCUACGACGACCGGACAUCGGUCAGAAGUUGCAGAACGAAUUAAAGACGGCUUUCCCUGGAGGUGAUAAAACUCCAGAUUCUGUGGCUGUAUUGAACGAGACAUUUCGUCUUUAUCCUGCCACAAUUGCGAUCCUUCCAAGAACAGCUCUCGUGGAAACCACACUGGACGGUAUCCAUAUCCCUCGUGGUACAACUGUUGCAACGCAAAAUUUGACCAUCCAUCGCGACCCAAAGACCUUCGACAACCCGGAUAACUUUGAUCCAGAACGAUGGUUAAAAAAUGGCCACGAUAAGCUAAAGGAAGCUCUGACCCCAUUCUCUGUUGGUCCACGCAAAUGCAUUGGCUCGAAUCUUGCUGAGAUGGAACUUCGAUUACUGGUUGCAUUAUUCUUCCUUCGGUUUGAAGCCUCUAUUGAUAGCUCCAUGAACGAUUCCGGAAUGUUUAUGUACGAUACCUUCAACAUGUCUCCGGUCGCGAAAAUUUAUGAAAGCUUCAUGGUUUAA